AUGACAAUGCCACGACUCGUUCGUAUGCAUUUAGUUUUCGUAGAAGUAAGACGUCAAGAAAAAGCAGUCCGGCGAGGUCUUAGACGUGAAAGGUUAUUUAGAGACCGAACCAACCCACUUGAUAUUUAUGAUGAUGUUGACUUAUAUCAAAGGAUUUUUCCAGAUUGUGAUUCAACAGCAGCUUUAAGUCAACCAACUAUUUCUAAAAUUAUUCGCCAAUUUUCUAUGAGUCUUGCAAAAAGAGUUAAUGAAUAUAUUAAGUACCCAACUGAUCCACACGUUUUAAAUGAGAGCAGAGUAAAUUUUUAUAAUGUGGCAGAAUUUCCAAAAAUAACUGGAUUAAUAGACGGCACGCACGUUUGCAUACAAAAACCACGCAAGCGCGAAUAUAUUUAUGUCAAUAGAUCAUCAAAUCAUUCGAUCAAUGUCCAAGCGGUGUGUGCUUAUAACGGAAAGUUCUAUGAUAUUGUUGCAAAAUGGCCUGGAAGCACACAUGACGCAAGAGUUUUAAGAGAAUCAAACCUUGUGUUUGGAAGGUGGAAAAGACAGUUUCAUUUGCUUCAUGGAGAGGUUCAAAUGACCCCAGAAAGAACCUGCACCAUAAUUGCUGCGUGUGCUGUAUUGCAAAAUUUAGCAAUAGAGUUAAAUGAUGUUGACAUAGAUGACAAUCCAAUUGAAAAUUAUGAAAAUAAUAAUGAAGACAUAUUUGCUAAAAAUAACUUUCGAUUUCGUGAUAAUUUUGUUUUGCGUCAUUUUGAACAAUAA